AUGAACGUCAACCACAAGUUCAAGACUAAUGUCUUCACGAAUCACAUUUACACGUGUGCCUACACGUAUUCAAAAUUAGAGUUUCACAGAGAAAUUGAGAACAUUCAGGCAAUGAAUGUUGCGGUUGCACAAUAUCUUGAGGAAAUUAAAUUUGAAAAAUGGGUUCGGUCGUACUUUCUAGGGGCAUGUUACAAUGUAAUGACGAGCAACUGGGCUGAGAGCUUCAACAACACAACUAAGGAUGCAAGAGGCUUCCCGAUCACUGCUGAUGUAGCAAUCCUGAGGUCCAAAGUCCAACAGUUUGCUACACGAAAAGAAAAAACUGACAAGUGGAUGAAGACCCUAGAACCAGAAAUGGAAGAGGACUUGGCAUUGCAAUUUGAAAAAUCUCGGUAUUUAAAAAUUGACACAUGUGGACCUUACACGUUGCAAGUUCACCCUGGAGAUACAGUUGAGACCGGUGGCGUAGUGGACUUGCAGGAAUAG